GGGCGUCUGAGAUAAGCCAGGAGGGAAAGCUGGAGUAUAAAAAGGGCUCGGAGCUCAAAGCUCCUCAUCAGCUCUCCUGCCUCUUCCUCCCGGUGAACUCGGUUUUACCUCCAUCUCCUAAAGAUGACUUUCCUCCAAGGCCAGUGUGAGGAUGACUGCUACUCCUCCUGCAACUACGGGAGCCUCUAUGGCUACCGGGGCUACGACUGCGGGAGCCCCUGCAGCUACCGGGGCUACGGGGGCCUCUACAGCUCCCGUGGCCUCUACGGCUUUGGGGACCGCUAUGGCUACGGCGGCUUGUAUGGCUACCGCAGCCUCUACGGGUCCGGGGACUGCUACGGCUCUGGCGGGCUCUACGGCGGCUAUAGGGGCUUCUACGGCUCUGGGGACUGCUACGGAUACCCCGGGUUUUACUCCAGCCGCUACGGGUACCCCUUUGGCUCCCGCUACGGCCAAAGGUUUGGCUACGGGGGGUGCUACACCUGCUAAAGCCGGGGGGAGCGACCCCAAAACGCAGACGGGGUUUGGCAGGCGUGGAUUGCUGGAGAGUCUGGCAGCAGAGCCCCUUGGUGUGCAGAGCCCACUUGGGGACAAGAGCCACCCCCGGGGUGCUCCAAGUGCUCUGCGCUGCUGCUGAAGGGCUGGCGAUGAUUUGUCUUCAUGCCACUCAUGCUGCCUCAGCCCCAACUCUCCUCUUGACCCAGAUCUUCUCAGUUCUCCAAGCAAACCAAUCUCCAUGGUUUCAGCAAUGCUGUACAAAACGUUCCCUCUGACUGGAUGGUGUGGGCAGGGUGUCGUGUGACUUUGGGAAUGUGGUCUUUCCAUUCUGUAUCCCUUUCGAAUUAUAUCUGCCUUGCACUCCUAUUAAAGACUUUUUCUGCAUCAA